AUGGACAAGGCCCCGGCCGACGACUCUGGCGGCUCCAGCGACUCGACCGAAGCUCCUCCCGGGUCCUCGUACCCAAAGCCGCUGGGCCGAGAGAUCCUGCUGAUCGUCACGAUCUGCAUGGCCCAGCUCAUGACGCAGGCCGCACUCGCAAUGGCCAUUGAACCUCUACACAUCAUCGGCGCAAGCUUCAACGUGUCUACGGCCGGCGAGCUGAGCUGGUACGCCUCUGCAUACAGCCUCACUGUCGGCACCUUCAUCCUGAUUGCUGGGCGGCUGGGCGACGACUUUGGCCACCGGCGGCUCUUCAUCGUGGGUUUUGCCUGGUUCGGGCUCUGGUCGCUGCUGGCCGGCUUCUCCGUCUGGUCGAACCAGAUCUUCUUCGACUGCUGUCGUGCCUUCCAGGGUAUCGGUCCGGCCAUGCUGAUGCCCAAUGCUGUCGCCCUCCUCGGCCGCAUGUAUGCACCGGGCCCGCGAAAGAGCAUGGUAUUUAGUUUGUUCGGGGCCGCCGCGCCGACUGGCUACUCCGUGGGUGCCGCCAUGUCGUCGCUGCUGGCCGAGCGCCUGUGGUGGCCUUGGGCUUACUGGAUCAUGGGCAUCGUCUGUUUCGGCCUGGCCGUGCUGGGGACCGUCGUCAUCCCCAAGAGCCCGGCUCCUAAGAUCGACCGCUCACUGCACUGGGCCAGCCGGCUCGACCUUGCCGGCUCGGCUGCCAUCAUUACCGGCUUGAUCUUGAUCAACUUCUCCUGGAACCAGGGCCCCGUCGUCGGCUGGGACGUGCCCUACAUCUACGUGCUGCUCAUCGUCGGCUUCCUGCCCCUGGGCCUGUUUGGCUUUAUCGAGCGCCGUGCCGCGCGGCCACUGCUGCCGCCUGCACUCUUCACCAGGGAGCUUGGCUGGGUGCUGGGCUGCAUCGGGGCGGGCUGGUCGAGCUUUGGCGUCGUGGUGUUCUACUAUUUCCAGAUCAUGGAGGUCAUUAAACACAACUCUCCGCUGCUCGUGUCGGCCAAAUGGUCUGGCUCUACUGUGUCUGGUGCAUUAGCAUCUCUGGCCACCGGCUUCCUUAUGGCCCGCAUCCGUCCAUCAUUGAUCAUGCUGGGUGCCAUGACCGCCUUUGUUGUGGGCCAAAUACUGCUAGCCACCCUGCCGAUCGGCCAGAACUACUGGGCACAGGCAUUUGUCAUCAGUAUCAUCACGCCGUGGGGAAUGGAUAUGUCCUUCCCGUCAGGCACGUUGAUCCUCAGCAACUCUAUGCCACGAGAGCACCAAGGAAUAGCAGCAUCCGUGGUCAAUACAGUGGUGAACUAUUCCGUCUCCAUCGGCCUGGGCAUUGCCGGGACCGUGGAAGCUUACGUGGGAAAUCACGGAGAAGACGUGCUGAAGGGUUACCGGGCCGCAAGCUACACAGGGGUAGGCCUGGCCGGACUGGGGGUGUUAAUAGCCAGUCUCUACGUGAUACUCGGCUAA